UGGCGCCGCCGCCGCCCGCGCUGAUGGACGAGCUCAUCGAGGAGGUCCUCCUCCGCCUCCCGCCGGACGACCCAGCGAGCCUCGCCCGCGCCGCCCUCGUCUGCCGGCGCUGGCGCCGCCUCAUCUCGGACCCCUGCUUCCGCCGCAGGUUCCGCAGCCUCCACCGGCCCCCGAUGCUGGGAUUCGUCUGCAACAUCGCCGACACCGACGGCCCCGACAUUUCCCGCUUCGUCCCCACAUCCUCCUUCCGCCCGCCCCGCGCCGACCGCCGCGACCUGCGGGCCAUCGACUCCCGCCAUGGCCGCGUCCUCCUCUGCAGCCAGUCCGUCCCCCGCCCCUGGGAGAACGGCUUCCUCGUUUGGGACCCCGUCGCAGAUGAGGAUUGGGAGGUUCCCGCCCCGCCGCGGCACCCCCGGUGGCACUGGAAUGCGGCCGUGCUCUGCGCCGCUGACCGCGGCGGCGGCUGCAGCCACAUUGACUGCCGCCGCGACCCCUUCCUCGUGGUCUUCCGACUCAGCGACCACACAUAUGAUGAGCACAUCGAUGACUACUUCGCCUGUGCGCCUGCUGUCCUCAUGGGUGGUGCGCUCUACUUCAUGUUUCACAAGAACACCAUGAUCAUCAAGUAUGAUGUGGCUACUUUGGGAAUGUCCGUGAUUCAUGCACCAAAUACAUUCUACCUGCAGAACAUUGUGUUGAUGACUACAGAGGAUGGCAGAAUUGAACUCGUUGAGGACUCCAAGCUCUACUUAUGGUCAAGGGAGGCUGAUCCCCGGGGAGUUUGGGGAUGGACGGUAAGCAAAGUCAUCGAGCUCAAGUCGUUGCUCCCUGCAGAUGCGCUUUCAAGAUCACCUGAGGCUCUCGGGUUCGCGGAAUGUGGUGGCUUCGGCUUCAUUCUCUUGUGGACGGUCAAUGGGUUCUUCACUAUUGAUCCAAAGUCCAACCAGGUCAGGAAUGUAGGUGUCACGUCUGGUUUUAAAGAUAAAACCAGAUGA